UACCAAUUGGGGAACUGCACUCACCCCGCGCUUCUCUAAUAAGUACCAAUUUCUCCCUCUUCUGUCUUCCAUUCCCCCUUUCUCCCGUCUUCUUCUUCCGUAUUUAUCUUACACCCUAUCAUCUCCCAUAUACUCGAUUCCUGUUUUCCAUUAUGGCAGCCGCUAUCAAGAGCCUUGUGGACAAGUUUCAGGGUCACUCCGAACCCGCCCUCCGUCAACCCUCGGCUGAGGAGGUCCGAGAGCUGAAACAGAAGUAUGAGCAAGCGGGACAGUCACAAGUGUUUGCGUUCUACGAUCAACUGAGCCAGAAGGAGCAAGCCCAGCUGUUCCAUCAGCUGUCCGCCUUUGACCCCGCUCGCAUCAACGAACUCGCAGACAGGGCUUUGAACCCCCCCAAAUCCGAGACUGGACCAAUCUCGCUCGAACCUCUGCCGGAAGUCGCUACCGCCUCAAUUCUAGACUCCGAUCCGAAAGACAUCCAGAGCUACUACAAUGAGGGUAUCAAGCUCGUGGCGGAUAAUCAGGUUGCCGUGGUUCUGCUGGCGGGUGGACAGGGCACUCGGCUGGGAAGCUCGCAACCGAAGGGUUGUUUUGACAUUGGUCUCCCAAGUCACAAGUCUCUUUUCCAGCUUCAAGCCGAGCGUAUCGGUAAACUUCAGCUUCUUGCAAAGAAAACUUCGGGCAAGGACGCAGUGAUCCCUUGGUAUGUGAUGACGAGUGGGCCUACACGCAAGCCCACGGAGGAGUUUUUCCAACAGCACAACUACUUUGGGUUGGACAAGAGCAACGUCUUUAUCUUCGAGCAGGGCGUCUUGCCUUGCAUCUCAAAUGAAGGUAAAAUUAUGCUGGAAAGCAAAUCCAAGGUGGCCGUUGCUCCCGAUGGUAAUGGAGGAAUAUACCAAGCUUUGCUCGCGGCCGGUGUGAGGGAGGACAUGCGAAAGCGUGGAAUCAAGCAUAUCCACGCUUAUUGUGUCGAUAAUUGCUUGGUCAAGGUUGCGGAUCCCGUUUUUAUCGGUUUCGCCGCCUCCAAGAAGGUUGAUCUUGCCACAAAGGUGGUGCGGAAACGCAACGCUACCGAGUCGGUCGGCCUGAUUCUUCAGAAGAAUGGCAAGCCAGACGUGGUCGAAUACUCCGAAAUUGACAAGGAAACAGCAGAGGCCAAGGAUUCCAAGAACCCUGACCUUCUUAAGUUCCGUGCUGCAAAUAUUGUCAACCACUACUACUCCUUUGACUUCUUCAACUCCAUCGAGACCUGGGUUCACAAGCUGCCGCACCACAUCGCUCGAAAGAAGAUACCUAGUGUUAACAUCGAGAGCGGCGAGGUUGUCAAGCCCGAGAAGCCGAAUGGUAUCAAGCUGGAACAGUUCAUCUUCGAUGUUUUCCCCAUGCUUCCCCUUGAGAAGUUUGCCAGCAUUGAGGUACGUCGAGAAGACGAGUUCUCACCUCUAAAGAACGCUCGAGGCACUGGGGAGGACGACCCAGACACCAGCAAGCGAGACAUCAUGAACCAGGGUCAGCGAUGGAUUGAGAGUGCUGGUGGGGUUGUUGUCACUGAGGGAGAUGCCGUGGGUGUUGAAGUAUCUCCUUUGAUCAGUUAUGGUGGAGAGGGACUCGAGUUCCUCAAAGGCCGCGAACUCAAAGCGCCCGCCGUAAUUGAAAAGGAGGAGUAAAUUAUACAAACUAUAUCUGUUUUCAGCUAUUCAUACUUUUAUCAAAACAUAAAACAUAUUUAACGGCACAACUUCGCAUCGCCUCGCCU